CGCGCACGGACGUCGCAUACUACAUGCGACCACGUUGUCCCUCAACUAUAAUAUGGAUAAACGGCAAAUUCGCGAUCAUAACAACUGUCAGUUUACGUACCCGUGGUUCUGUGAGGUCUCCGAUAAAUACAAAUGGAUUAUAUUGUGAAGUGAACAGUGACCGACGUUUGUUUAAAGGUCGACGAUGGAAUUUACAGUGUGGCUAAGACUUACACGGUGCGGCGGAUUGAAUUAAUAUUAUGCUGGCGGAAAUAUUACCGUAAAUUACAUUGAUAACGGUGUGAUUCGAUGUGCGCAAAUGUGAUUUUUUUACAAGUGUAGUGCUUUGUUAGAUACAUAAUACAUAUUUAGAGUUUUAUACGUUUUAUACCUGAAAUAUGGAUCUUUGUGUGUUGGUCGUUUGAACUAGUGUCAAGUGGAGUGUCGGGUAGAUUAUGCUGAUCAACACGUACCUUGACACGGAGGAUUUCGUGCACCUUUAUUACGCUGAGGAUGAGCCGACGCCGAGCCAGGGUUGUGGUGCCGGUGCUCGCAUGGCCUCAAAGUAUCCCCCGCGGCCUCCCUCGCCGGACUAUGAACAGGUGGCCAUGAGCGAGCGCGAGCGGGGCCGCCUGCCGCCGCCGGAGCCGCCGCCGCACCGCGUGCGCGCCGCUGACAUGUACCCGCGCAUGCGCACGCACUACGACGAGCCCGGGGUCGAGCCGCGCUUCACGCCCAUAUGCGGCGAGUUCAUACAGUGGGUUGGCCGCACGUCGGACGGCGGUACAAUAGCAAUGUCCAACUACCGUCUCCAUCUGCAGCCGAGGAAGCGCGGCGCGACCGGCGCGUCGGUUCCACUUCGCCUCAUCGAUGCGAUGGAGAUCCGAGAUACUCUGUGCCUCAUCAUACUGUGCAAACAUGGACGUCAGCUGAAGUGUGUGUUCAAUACGGGUGACCAAUGCAUGGAGUGGUGCAGAAGGUUGACAACUGCUGCGUUAACUCCGAUCGCUUCAUUACAAGAUACCUUCGCGGCAGCGUACGCUGCCUGGGCCAAGGAGCAGCCACCGUCUUCCGUUCACAGGGCAUUGAUAAGAGCUUCCCUAGCGCAGCAGCCUCAUUGGUUCGGUCCUGAGGUGGAGCGGUUAGGGUUCAGUGAGAAGGGGCCGUGGCGCGUGACGGCUGCCAACGCCGAGUACAAGCUGUGCCCCUCGUACCCUCCCCUCCUCGUGGUGCCAGCGUCCAUUGGAGACGACAACCUGGAAGCUGUCGCACGGUUUCGUGCGAUGCGGCGCAUCCCGGCGGUGGUGUGGCGUCACCGCGGCUCGGGCGCAGUGAUCGCGCGCUCCUCGCAGCCCGAGGUGGGCUGGUUCGGCGCGCGCUCCAGCGAAGACGAACGCAUGCUGGCCGCCUUCGUGAGCGCAUGCAAUGCGGACAGACCGCACCCGCACAAAAGCGGCAAGCUGAUGAUCGUGGACGCUCGCUCGUACACGUCGGCGGUCACCAACCGCGCGCGCGGAGGCGGCUGCGAGUACCAGCAGUACUACCCCAGCGCCGACAUCCAGUUCAUGGGGCUGCCCAACAUACACCACGUGCGACGCUCCUACCAGCAGAUGCGGCAGCUGGCCGCCGAGCCCAGCGACCAGCCAAAUUGGCACAGCAACCUGGAGCGCACACUCUGGCUCCAGAACCUCUCUGACGUUCUGCGCGCCGCGUGCCUGGUAGCCCGAGCGGUGGAGGCCGGCUGCCCGGUGCUGGUGCACUGCUCGGACGGAUGGGACCGCACGCCGCAGCUGUCGUCUGCGGCACAGCUACUGCUCGACCCCCACUACCGCACCCGCCAGGGUUUUCGUAUUCUAAUCGAACGGGAAUGGCUCGACUUCGGACAUAAGUUCGGCGAUCGCUGCGGCCACCAGUUUGGUGGCGAAGACCCCAACGAGCGCUCGCCGAUAUUCUUGCAGUGGCUGCACGUGGUGUACCAGCUUGUCAGGCAGUUUCCCUGCAGCUUCGAGUUCAGUGAGGCUUAUCUGAUAAAGCUAGCGGUGCACGUGCACUCGUGCAUGUUUGGCACGUUCCUGUGCAACAACGGUCGCGAACGCAUGGAGUGCGGGGCCGCGUCCGCGCCGGUCGCCUGGCACCUGCUGAGUGCGCCCGCCUACAGGAACCAUCUGUACGCGCCGACACAGCACCAGGUGCUGUGGCCGGAGUGCAGCGUGCGCUCCAUGCAGGUGUGGUGGGAGCUGUUCUCGGGCGAGUGUCGCGAGACUGCCGGAGACAUCGCGGCCUCGCUCCGGGACUCGCACCACGACCCGCCCUUGAUGGCGCUCGCAGACAACACCCCGCAGGCACACUUCGGUGCGAUGACGAAGACUCGGUCGUGUGACAACUUGCUUUGUGAUGGAGAGAAAAGGACCGCGCAGAGGAGAUGCAGCGAUCCCAGCCUAGUCCCUGACGUCAUGAAAUUGUCUGUAUUAAUGAAUGGCCUCAGUGGUAGCGACGAGAGAGUAUCACCCGUCGCACACACUCGCACGCCCGCACAGCAGGUGGAGGUCGACCCGGAACACUUCGAGGGCCACACAAACGACAUCACCAGCAACUCGUCGUCUCUGGAGCGCGAGCUGUCGUCGUUGACGAUUGCGGCCGCGGAAGCGCCCGUAGUCAACGUGGCGGCACUCAUUGACGCCACGGAAGCGGACACCGAGCUCACUAACGGAGCGGACGUGCCGGACGGCGCGCAACCGGACCCUGACCGGAACGUUUUCGAUCUGUAUGCGGACGUGUUUGACGUUACCGAGACCACCCGAGAAGCAAGUCGAACACGCAACAUAAGCAUAACAUGGCGGUCGGUUUCCGAGUCCAGCAACCAAUCGUCUACCUUCGAUAUCCCGGAGAACUCUCCCCAGAACCGCGUCAUUCCACAUUCUAUCCGACUCACUGAUGAGCUCACCAUAGACAGCAGAACCUCCUCCGACAGAGACACGCCCAUCAUAGACGCCCGCAUCUCCUCCCCGAGGGAAACUUCACCAAUAGAUAACCACAUCACGACGCAGACGGAGGGAGACCUAGUGAAUCACAAUAUUGUCAACGGCAACACAAACCACAACCGGCAAGAAAAUGGAAUUGCCAACGGGCUUGAAGACGUCACAGCGCAGUUAAUAGAUGCCGAGAUUAAUGGUGGUGUAUCAUCGAGCGGCGCCAGCUCUGAGAGUGACGGUGAAGGUCGGACGAGCACCAUGCGGGCCGGCCGCGGGCGGGACUCCAAGGGUGGACGGAUCUCCAGUCUACUUACACUAUGUCCAGCGUCGCCGCGACGUCCUUAUUGCCGCUGCGCUCCUGCAUCGGCGGAAUCAAGUGCACUGAAGGGAUGCUUCUGCGGCGCGUGCGCAUCGGGCGCGGGUUGCGAGGCGGGCGACGUGUGCGGCGGACACGCGCGCUGCGUGUGCGGCGCGGGGCCGAGGCCGGACGGCGCGGCGAGCGGCAGCCGGGACGCGGUGGACGGCCUGCCGCCCGCCGCCGACGCCGUGCAGGCGAGGCUACACCAGAUUAUACUGUAUCAGAAGAAGGUGGUGGAAGAGUUGAGUGGUCAGCUACGGGAGGCCCGCGAAGCUCUCCGGCGCGCGUCUCCUUCGAGGCCACCGCCCGCGGCGCCCAUGCGGCCCCGCCCCGCUCAGAUGUCAGGGAGCGUGAUAAAUGGAAGUGGUAGCGGAAGCGGAAGCGGCAGUAGUAGCAGCGGGAGCGCUUCCGAGGUGGAGGUGGGCGAGGACGCCCGCGGCGUGGUGUGGUUGCCGGACAGUGCCGCGCCCCGCUGUCAACACUGCCGCAACCAGUUCUGGCUGGCGCGGCGGCGACACCACUGCCGGCGGUGCGGCGGGAUAUUCUGCGGGUCGUGCUCGGAGAUGAGCUCGUGGGGCGAGGUGGGCGCCGUGCGCGUUUGCCGCCGGUGCCGCGUGCUGCGGUGACCCGGCUGCAGUCCGGCGCCGGUCGUCCGCGAACUGAUCGACUCAACGCUGUCCUAACCGUUAUUGUUGUACAAAUUAUUAUUACUAGUCCGAAGAUUCGUCGCUCGAUCGAUCCGAGUGGAGAACCCUUCCGAUAUCCUAACACGAUUGCUAUUUAUAUUACUGUUGUGAUCGGGGCGGCAGCCCCCCGCGCCGUCCCACCACACCCUCUAACAUUAUUGUACAAAUUAUUACGCCACUCCGGUAAUUUGUCGCUCGAUCGAUCCGAGUGACGGUAAACUAGACUGUUCGCUUUCUCUUUCUGUUGUAUUGUACGAAUUAUGAACAGAUCCCAUAUGAGUCAUAGACUAUGACGUCACACGUCCGACGAGACACCAUGUUGUCCGUUAAUGUUACGAUUUAUAAACACCAAACUGUCAAUCUAAUUAUACAUCGAAAGCUUGGAAUUCGAAUAGUUAACGAACUGUGCAGCAACUAAUACGUCACUUCUACUGGCACAAUAUUAAAACGGUCACUUAAACGCACUUGUGUACAGUAUUCAUCAGAAUCGUUGAAUUAUUUUCCAAUCGACUUAUAUAAUAAAUAUUGUGUUGCUUAAAAUAACAUAACCACAUACAAAAUUAUUUGAGAUACUAACGCAAGUUAAUAUGGUGAAUAAUAUUUCUUUAAAAUUGUCAUUUAUCAGUCAGACAUUAUCUGUAGAUGUGAAUUUCUUCGUUUCAUGCGUUUAAAACGACUUGAAACACGUCAACUGUCGUAAAAAAAAAAACGAAAAAAUGGAGGUCUAACCUACAUCAAGAAUAUUUAUUCCCGUAUUAACCUUACGGCGGUUUUUCUUUUAAUCAAGUAUAUCGAAAAAUGAUUUAAAUAUUCUUAUUUUAUUGUAUUUUGGUUUGAGUUAUCAGUGCUCGAAAUAAAAAGAAAUAAAGUGACACAAACAAAUGAAACAGUCGAGAGAACUUUUAAGUCGUCAGAAUAUAUUAAGGUAUACUCGCGUCAUACAAUCUCUUCUUAAUCUAUAAUCGCCUGGUACCAAAAGACUGUAUUAUGCUUCCUUUCUCAUUUUCUCCCACUUUAAAUCGUAUCUGUCUCUUUUUACUUAUCUCUUUUUUAUUUCAUCGACUUUCAAAUCACAAUGAUGUUUAAGAAGUUUUUACUUCAUAAUUAACAAUUGUAUUUUGUAAAGUGAUAAAAAAAGUUCGAGUUGUGUUAAAUCUAUAUAAUGUUGGAUACUUCAAAUAAGUACCAAAAUGUCUACUCCAAAUGAUAAUUCACAUUCAAUUACCGAUGAUUAAAAUAUAUUAGAAAAUGUAUUUUUGGGAGAUCAUGUAAAAACAAAUAUUUAUAUUAAUAUUGUGCCAGUAGAUAUGCUGGUUAUUUAUUAAAAGAAGAAUUAAAAAGUGAGCGCGGCGCAAUAGACACUAGUCUUCAAAGUAACUAAUGAACUGAACUAAAUUUGACGAUAUACAAGCAUUGUAUGUCAAUUGGUCUUCAUUAUUUGGCUAAUAAUAUGCAUAAUAAUUGAUAUCGUAAAUUAUUUAUAGGAACUAUGGUUCCCAACUGCCAGUAUUAAAUAAAACAUAAAGUUUAAUUUAUUCUAUAUUUUAUUGUACAAAACAGAUAGAUAAAAGAUCAGAUAUUUCGUUAAAGUAUUUACAUUUUACACUAUAUCAUUUAUAUACUUUUUCUAAUCCUCGACUUUUAUCUGACAUUAUACAACCACAAUCAGUAAUAUAAGUAUAGACUGUAAUGAGUUUGAAGAAGUCUAUACUCUAUGGCCCAAAAAUGCACAGUUGUUAUGGUGCCACAGACUACUCAAUUUAGGUUAAGUAUGGCAGGUUCAUAGAAAUAUUAUGUAGAAAUAUACAUACCAUAUUAAAUACAUAAUAUUUUCAUGUUUAAACCAUUAGACUAAACAUUUAAAUGUGAACUAAAGAAAAAACUUGUUACUAUAAUUUGCUAACAUGCUGCUAGAUAUAUUUUGUAAUUCAAUUUCCUCUCGUUGGCUGUUUGGGUGUACCUUUGCCAUUCCUUGAAGGAAAAAUGAAACAUCUCACCAGAGAUAAAUAUGUAUACAAUAUAUAAAAUACUAUAAUGUAUCUGAAGCUUCAAAAUAUAUAGUGAUAAUAUGUUUCUAAUAUGAUGGAUUAUCUCUAGGUUUCUAUCUUUAGAAAACGCUCUGGUUCAUCCCUCAUUGCUGGCAGUCGGGAACCAACCAUAUCUUAUAAUCCGUGCCUAUAAUAAUUAAAUAUAAAUGUUGUCAACACAAGAGGCGGCAACAAAUUGUACAUUUCUCACAUUUGCAACGCAAUUUUUUGUUAAAGAGAAAUUUUUCUUUUUCACACGACUGUAAUAAAUAUUUUUCUUUUUUUAUGGCAACUUCAGAAGUUGGUUUUUACGACGAUAUAAAAAAAAAUUAAGAGUUAUGACAUGUGUAUCAUUGAUAUUGACGUAAUGCCAGAUGAUAUUUUACUUACUAGGUAUCAGGUAAGCAAACGUAAUAAUAUGGAUUAAUUAGCUGAAACUCCAAAAAUAUUAUAUUUUAAUAAAUAAUUGUUCACCACAUAUAUAAAUUAUGAGAUAGUGUAAUCGAACAAUGUUUUAAAUUACGUGUUUUGACAUUUUCUUACGUCACCUGUCAAUCGCCCGUAAAAACAUCGUUAUCAUCCUCUUUUUUUUAUAAGAUUUUAUGGCUUGGUAACGAGACCUUUAAGCCAAAUGUCUCUCACUCUCUAUUGCAACACAAAUACUACAGUGUACAUAGAGCUAGUAUUAUUAGAAGCUUCAAGUAAAUAUUCAGUAAAAUAUUAGCGCAUAGAUCAUAUUCUGUGGCAAAUGAUUGACGUAUAUUGUUUACUAGUUUGUAAAUUAAUAAUCAUCUGACCCAGUAGGUUAAAUAUUAUCCAAUAAUUUAUAGUAAAAUUGCGCAUAAAUAAAAAUAUAUAUUAAAAAAAAAAAAUUAAAAUGGUUGUAGUUAAUUAUUUUUUGCUAGUCAGUAAAUGAAUACCCUAAUAGUUCGCACACGUUAGGGUCGAUUACGCUGUGAUUUUAGCGAAAUUGUUGGCUCUAUACAGCUGUAGUUUGACGACCUUGCCAAAAACCCGAUUAAAAAUUCUGUUCAUCAGAUAGCUAUCACGCGUCAACACAGAAUCACUCUCUGGGCUUGUCUGUAGAUUGCUUGAAAAUUUCUUCUUAAUUGGUCCAGCCGCUUUGAAAUUCAAAUAUUUAUAUUCCAAAUAGGAUAAUAAGAUACAACUUAUUGAAUCUCAAAAACUACCACCCAUUCGAAAAAGUAUGCCUCAGACCUGAGAAGAACGGGCGCAAGAAACUCAGCCGCCUAUUUUUGUAAAUAAUAAGGUUACGAUGUUAUAUCAACAAUAAAAUUUAUUAUUUAAUAAUCUGAAGGCGGUCGCUCUAUUCCCAAUCUGUGGUAACAAUGAGAAAGUCAUUUGUGUUAUAGUUACCUUUAAAACACAAAUGUGGAUUUGGAGUUGGUACUACACUUAUUUGCAAAUAUAUUAGUUUAUGUCGUGUUACGACGCUUUGAAGAAUUUGCAUUUUUAUUAUUUGCCAUCUAUACUAUAACAUUUCUCUUUAGCAAAAAAAUGCAUUGUAUGUUAUUUCUAUAAUAAUUAAAUUAUUUCUCGCUGUAAAACAUUAGUAAUUAUUAAAUUAUGAGAUUUCGGUGCAGGGCUUAUUUGUGUGACCUUCCCAAUUUAAAAGCCGUAGGCGGCACCUGUUACAUAACGCCAUGUUUUGUAAAAGUGUAUAUUUGUAGUGCUGCGAACUUGUUUAUCCGCCUACAGUCAUUUUAAAUUUCGAAGUUUUAUACUAAUCUUGAUUAUAUUCUCACACUCGCCUCAGCUCUUAAGUGAUCGGUUUGAUAUGUAGGUAAAUUAUAUGGAGUGUCGCGACGAAUUGCGUGCCCUCCAACUAGCUCAAGGAUAGGUAUAACGUUAUACUCUAUAAACCUUUUAAAUUAUUUAUACGUCUAGAUAAACUGUGACAGCUGUAAACGCGUCGAAAAAAAUAGCGGCGUACUGUUAGCCUCUGUUUUCAGCAACGCACGUACACUAGUGACUAACGUGUCGAGAGUAAGACGUAGCUGUAAUGCACACUAAAGUAAUAAACCAGGCCUGUUGUCUUAAACGUAUAAAUUAUCUAAGGUGUAUAGUGACUUAAUUGUCAUUCGACGUUGGAAAAAAAUAAAAUUAGAGAAAUUCGUCGCCGGUGGUGUUUAGUGAAUGUUCGAAGGCUGAUAUUGAGCUGUUGAUCUUGUUUCUACAAAUUUAUAAUGGGCUGUUUGUGAGCGGUGCGUUACGCGCCACACUGAGGACGCAACGCUAUUGCCGUUGAGUUCACAUCUAUCUUCAAAGUUAAUGAUACUCUUUUGUUCAUGCACCCAGAUACCAGAUGCUAUACACAAUAUUUAUUAUAUAAUUAUCAACAUUGACUAGCAUUAUUUGCAAGAAAACGUCAUAUAUAUGACUGAAACUAAUUUUUACAAAAUAAAAAACAUCUGAACGUAACGUUAUUAUAAACUAAUGUACAUAGAAGUUAGAAUGAAACCGCGAAAACACUCAUCAAUAGGAAUGGGCCACUGACCUUUAUAAAUACCACUGGACAGGCUGUUCCAUAUGUUUGACAGCAAAUUUCUGUGCCUAUUUGAAGCGCCACUCGCGAGCGUCCAGAGAACUAAUGUUGACGUAUGAUGAUACAAAUUGCUGCGAAGGAACGUAAAAUACUCUGAAGUAUUUUUACAUUUUGAAUUAAUUUCAUUCUUUUUCCGUGUUAUUUUUACUUCAAUAUUCCACGUUAUAAAGUACACUUUUUUUUUUUGUAAAUAGUUUCCCAUCAUCUAUUGAUUUUAGUUUUAGAGAUACUAGUUUUAAUACCGCAAAUUCUCGCUACAUGGCCAACAGCGCCAAAAUGGCGAAUAUCAAACAGGCACAAAAGCACUUUGACAGCUGCCAAUCCAGUGGUAUAUAGUAGAGGUCACUGGACUGGGCUAAGAUACUAUUUGAUGUUGACGUUUAGCAACUCAUUAGCACUUUUGUCAAGCCCCGUCGAUUGUUACAGUACGUGAGUAAAGUAGUCCCGUAAGUGCGCGCGCGUGCGCAGGCGCGGCGUCGCCAUAUUGACUGAUCUAGAUAUGGUGGCGACGGCCGCGCUAGCUGCAAAACCGAACAUUGUUGUAUAUGUAUCUUUUAUUGUAUUUCUUAUGUUAAUAUUUUCUAGUUUUUAGCUCCUUCCAAAGAGACCGCUUUUGUUUUGUAUUGAAGUUUGUCGAUUUGGAAAUAUUAUGUACUUGUUUUCACUUUGUUUUUUUUGUUUUUCACUUUAUCCCGCUUUGUAUAUUGUAUUUAAGCCGCGGUAUUGGCUAAGUAUUUUAAAACACAUUAGAUUCGUGCCACGUUCAAAAUGUUUGUAUAUUAUCAUAUCGGAGUUAGAGGUCUUGAAUUUAUUGAUUUUUGUGAUAAUUUUGUAUAAUGUUAAGAGUUUAAUAUCGUGUUAUAUGAGGUUGAAUUUUACUGGUGAAGUAUAUAUUAUAGACUUGAGGCGGGCCGUUGUGUUUGUUUCAAUUUGUGAAUGGUGUGUACAACACUACACAUGACAAUAGCUUGACAACGCGCCGCGUAGACAGAGCCACUGAUAUUUAUCUGUCUAAAACAUAGAAACUCAUAGACACAUCUGCCAAAAUAAUUAUUGUAUAGUUUUGUGUAUGGACACCCGGGGCACUGUGGCUAGACAAACAAUUAUUGAAAUGAUAAUAUUAAUUAGACGUUAAACAUUUCCUAGCCCAUGAAAACGAUGGCAUUGAGACAUAGAUUCAGUUUGUUUCAAGGUACACUUUAUAAUUAUUAUUUGUAUAAACACGAAGUCUCAACCAGUCCGUAGGUUUGAACAUAAUAAUAUAUUCGCUAUUCAUUUAUUUUUUUAAGUUAUUUUAUUAACUUUCAUCAUUAACAAUAGUUCGUACCUCGAGUCGCAUCGCCUCGGUGUCGCUGUCGCCCUAAUAUAAAGCAAUAACUAUAUAGCCUCUACAUCGCUUUGUGUAAAAAUGCGUUAAUUUAUUUGAGAGCCGUGGAUGUGUUGGUAUUUACAUAUAUUUUAUAACGUAAACGAUAAACUUUGAGUAACUUCUGUUCCAUAUACACAGUGCAAACUCGUUUGACACAAUUGUGAAUGAAAUAAAGCAUAUUUAGUUUUAUGAGUAA